UAUCUGUGCUGCUUGUCCACUUCCCGAUCUUCAACUGAUAAACUGGCUUUUGAUGUUGGCUUGCAAGAGGACACAACAGGUGAAGCUUGUUGGUGGACUAUUCAUCCUGCCUCAAAGCAGCGAUCAGAAGGAGAAAAGGUUCGAGUCGGAGAUGACCUCAUCUUAGUCAGUGUGUCCUCUGAAAGGUAUUUGCACUUGUCCUAUGGCAAUGGCAGCUUGCACGUGGAUGCCGCUUUCCAGCAAACCCUCUGGAGUGUGGCUCCAAUCAGCUCAGGAAGUGAAGCAGCCCAAGGGUAUCUGAUUGGUGGCGACGUCCUCAGGUUGCUGCACGGACACAUGGACGAGUGCCUCACUGUCCCUUCUGGAGAACACGGCGAAGAGCAACGGAG